GUGCAUGGUAAACUAUGUAGUGAUCGUAACACAAAGAAGUACUGAGGCAGAGGCAAGGCAAUCCAGCAAUAACAAACAAACCAAGUCCUAGUAAACAGCUCGAAACAUUUGAGCAAUCUUUUCGUUCUUUACGACUAAUAUAUCGGCUUACAAUUUUCCUCCUUACUACGUGCGUAUGUGCUGAAUGUUGACGAUUCUGUCGUAUGAAGGAUUUAACGGUUAUCUAACAUUUCCACAAAACAAGUCGCUCAUCAGCUAGCGCUAAUCCUUCUUGGCUACGUUUUCACGGACACAACCGCGGCUGCUUGACUGUCAAAUUAAAACCGAUUUCACACAGUGACAUGUAAGAAAACAAAGAGGAUCUGGAGAUCUGGGACCCCUUUUUAACUGUGCCGACACGGUAGCAGGUUAUUAAGUGCAACUAGAUCCAUACAAGGAUGCAUCAGCAAGGUGGGUGGUGGAUGGGAUUGCAUUCGACUCUCCUUUCCAUCACUUUCUGCUGCAUAGCUCUCUCGCCCACACAUGCAUAUAUCUAUGCUCAUGAUAGAAAUAUCACCAUGAUUUUCGAAGAUCUACCGGCCUUAUUCGGAUCACCACUUCCUAAGGAAGGAAUCAUGGGAGUUGUUGUGGUGUCCCGUCCCCUUAAUGGCUGCGAACCCAUCGACCCUCCUCCUCCGCUGCCACCAGUUUACGAUGCCAACACCACCAAAUUCAUAGCACUCAUCAGACGCUAUGAUUGCAACUUCGAUCGAAAGGUCCUGCAUGCGCAGCAAGCUGGGUACAAUGCUGCAAUCGUGCACAACAUGUAUUCUAAUGCUUUACUCAAUAUGAACUUCAGCAAUGACACUAUCGCAGAGGAGAUUGAUAUCCCCUCAGUGUUUACCAGCUACUAUGCGUCUGAAGCUCUCAAGAAGCUCGUCAUUCCAGAGCAAGGAGCCUAUGUGAUUCUCAAGCCGGAGUUUGCGCUCCCCCUCUCAUACUACCUUAUUCCUUUUACCGGAGUGGUCGGCAUGAUCAUACUAGUGAUGUUUAUUAUCUUGGUUAUACGCUGUGCACAGCACAGAAAGCGGCUGAGGAAAAACCGCUUGACCAAAGAACAACUGAAGAGGAUUCCUACUCACAGAUUUACUAAAGGGGAUGAUUAUGACGUGUGCGCCAUUUGCUUAGACGAGUAUGAAGAAGGAGACAAACUACGGAUUUUACCCUGUUCUCAUGCCUACCACUGCAAGUGCGUGGACCCGUGGCUGACCAAGACUAAGAAGACAUGCCCCGUGUGCAAACAGCGAGUCACCCGGAGCAACCCUGAACAGUCAGAGUCCGAAUCGGAAGAAGAAAGCAGAGUCCGAGGCGAAGAAGAAGGAACAGAGGGCGAGGCGGACUCGGAGCGCACCCCUCUGCUCCGCGCAUCCAUCCAGGGGUCCCCUUCCGGGAGUCCCGGAGCGUAUUCCGCCACUGCAGUGACCACCGCUCAGUGCAUCCCCUCGCCGGAACACGCCGACUCCCCCGUCCUGAGUUACGAAGGCUACUAUUCCCCGCAAGAGGACACGGACACGGAAAGCAAUGAAACAGAAGAUGAGCAGCACCUGGUUGAAGAUGACACUGCUCAGCUCAUCGGUAGGGGUAUGGUGCACAUCUGAUACGCUGGAACAUCGACACGACCUAAUAUGAAAAGGGCCUUUGCUGUAUAAAAAAAAUAUGUUCUGUCUGUUGGUACCACACACAGGUAGGUCUAUCUUAGCAUCAAGCCAAUGAGUUUUACUAAAAAUCAUUACAAAUGAAGGCAUAUCUAAACCUUCACAUACACAGAAAGAUGAAAUAAAUGACUCGCAAUAGUCACAGAUUGUAAGAAUAGUGAGCUACCAUCCAUGUUGUGAUGUCGAAGCUUCUACUUUUAUCUUCAACCGCAUUCCUUUUCCAUUUUUCCAUCCUCAUGUCUUGUAUUGCAUAUUUUAGAUUGUCUUAAUCACAUACUAAAAAAAAAUACACUGGAUAGUACCCAGUUCUACAUUUAUGUUGUUACUAAUCAAAACCAUUUGAGGUGAAAACUGAUUUAGCUUGAAAGAAAUUCAGAUUUAUAUUGAAACGUAGAAUGAGGUUACAAAAUGUAGGGAUGUUGGUGUUUUUUAAAUUUCCAAAUGUAAUAUUUGUCUCAUGUUUACCCUGUGAUGUUUCUGGUGAGCCUUCUUUGUGCAACGUGCCUAUGUUCAGAAUUAGUUUUUUUUUUGGGGGGGGGGACCAUUAUUAAUUUGAUUGUUUGUUUUUUUUUUAUUCAAAACUUUGUGUUGCAUACCAAGAGGAAAAAGUUUAACCUUUGUGCAUCAUGAUAAGCGUUACUGUAUGACAUGGUAACACCUGUGACAUUUUUUUUGUGGGUGCGCCAACUUGUUUAUGCAGUUUUGUCAUUAGGGCGCGGUAAGAAGCUAAAUGAAGAACUAUUGCAACUUAGUGGAAUUAGUGACAAGCACGUUGCCUUAUUUUGGCCUUCAUUGAACAUGUAUGUUUAGAAACGAAAGGGUCACACUCCUAGUUUUUGUCUUGUUUUUCUCUGUCCUUAUUGCAAAACCUUUUUGUUUCUAAAUGAAGUCCUCCGCUCCUUUAAGUCUUGAGUAAUGAAUAGCUAUAGUCUUGCUUGAUUUGCACAGUGCACACAAAAAACUUUUAAUGUUCAAUUUCCCUACAAUGGUCUGGGUUAUUCUUUAACUUUUAAUGUUCAAUUUCCCUACAAUGGUCUGGGUUAUUCUUUAAAAUGUAGAGGUAAAAGAAAUUGAGACAAGUUCGCUGCUUGGUGUAUGUACACUUUUUCACUUUGUCUGAGAUCUAAGAGCAGGAAUAUCUGUUUUCAGAGCCAAUUUUCUAUUUAAGAUGUAUAUUGUGCUGUAUACUUGAUCACUGUAUGUGGCACUUUCAAUUGAUUGUUUAUUCUAGUCACAAAACAGAACAUUCAUAUUAUUUGUUAAUUUACUAACAUGUUUAAAUAUUGUCCAUUUAUCAUCAAGUACUAUAACCAUCCUCAGUUUAAGUCAAAUUGUUUGCUCUCACAUGGUCUUGUUUCUCAUAUCUGCUAGUUUUUUUUAAAGCAGUUUUAACAGAUACCUUCAAAUCACACCUUUUCUGUAUUUUAUAAUGUGUGCUGCUUAGACUUUAAUACAUUCAAAACAUUGAUUACAAAUUUAUAUGUUCAUUGUGUAAUGAAAUGUGAUCAUGCCGAGGAAGUCACAGUCCAUGGAAAGCAGCAAUUUUAAUGCCGUAUUAAUGGAAUAUUAAAUAUUUGAGAAAUAUUUACAAA